AUGUUCACACUUCUUCGACGAGUGCGUGGCAGCAAGACUCCCGUUGUUGUUCAUUGCUCAGCUGGGGUUGGCCGGAGUGGCACAUUGGUAGCUUUGGAGAUGUGUUUAAUGACCGUAGCGAAUACUCGUCCAAUUGACAUUCAUUCGAUAGUAUGUAGUCUUCGACGAUGCCGAGCCUUAGCCGUACAAAGUUUUGAUCAAUACCUUUCGCUGUACAAGUUGGUACUACAAUUUGCUCAACAGAAUGGUUGCAUUUCUGGAGAGGAAGUCGAAAACUUCUAUCGCAUUAUGCAAGCGGCACGAACUAAUAUUAGCUACUAG